GUCCAAACCCUUCCGACUCUCUAACGGAUUUUUUUAUUUUAUUUUAUAAUUUUCCUUCAUCCAUUUUUUUUCUUCUUCGUAUAUAUAAACUCUUUAUGUAAGAGUACUGUAUAUAUCCCUCUCUAUAUAUAUAUGUAUACGUGCUGUUGCUCUUCACCUUUCUUCUUGUUCCCACAUACCCAUCUUCCCCAACCUUUCCUCCAAGAAAAAAACUUAGGGUUUUAAUUUCGAUAUAUUUAUACAUGAACGCACCAAAUUACUUGCCUACGUUGUUGACAGAACAUCUGUGUGGGUUUCUUUCCUUGUGAUAGAUAUUGUCUCUUUGUUCUUGUAUUGGUUUCGAUCGAUACACUUUGUGUUGAUUAAGUAGCUUGAUAGAUCGGCGUAAAGAAGAGAAGGAUCAUGUGUAGUCGAGGCCAUUGGAGACCAGCAGAAGACGAGAAGCUCAAGGAUCUGGUCGAACAAUAUGGUCCUCAUAAUUGGAACGCCAUAGCCCUCAAGCUCCCUGGUCGAUCUGGCAAGAGUUGUAGAUUGAGAUGGUUUAAUCAACUGGAUCCGAGAAUAAACCGAAACCCUUUCACGGAAGAAGAAGAAGAAAGGCUCUUAGCGGCUCACCGGAUCCACGGGAACAGAUGGUCGAUCAUCGCAAGGCUUUUCCCCGGAAGAACUGAUAACGCGGUCAAGAACCAUUGGCACGUCAUCAUGGCUCGACGCACACGCCAAACCUCCAAGCCUCGUCUUCUUCCCUCGACGACUUCGUCUUCUUCUUUAAUGGCAACUGAACAAAUCAUGAGGCCUUCUGGUGAUAGGAAGAGAUUACUUGGUGACGUUAUUAAAUACCCUUACCAAUUCUCACAUAUCAAUCAUCUUCAGUUCCUCAAGGAGUUUUUCACCGGAAAGAUCGCUUUAAAUACCAAAGCAAACCAGAGUAAAAAGCCUAUGGAGUUCUACAAUUUUCUACAAGUAAACACGGAUUCAAACAAGAGCGAGAUUAUUGAUCAAGAAUCAGAUCAAAACAACCCCAAUGACUCGGACAACAAAAACGAAAGCCGUGUUCCCUUCUUCGACUUUUUGUCUGUUGGAAACUCUGCCUCCUAGGGUUAACUUGUUUGCAGUGUGUAUACAUAUGUAAGUCCUACGUACAUUUCUAGCUUAACUAUAUAGUCCGUAUACGCACGAGACUUUAGAUCGAUGACAUGUAUGUUUGGUGUAUAAAACCACUAAUUAGUGAGCUCUAAUCUGAGCGAAAUGUGAAAAGUGUACCACAUGUUAAAUUGUUAAUGCAUCCACACCACACAUUCU